UUUCGUGUUCUGCGGUUUCCAGUCAUUUCUUGAGCGCGUGUUGCACGGGUUUGCAUAGUGGAAACAAUAAAGUUUUCAUUGAAAUAUUUGAAUAUUUAGAAAGAAAACUGCUGCAAGCCUUUAUUUUGAAAGCAUAGGGAAACUCGUAAGCUCAGAGUUUCCUUGCAAGCUUACGAAUAAACUUUGAAACACGCCCAAUACAAGAAAUCGUGAUCAACGUUUCAUUCGAGGAUGACGAGAACAGCGAGCGGCGAUGGACAGAGUGCUCACGGCAAGGCAUACAAAGAUAAAAGCAAACCUGCAGAUAUUCGAAGUAGUAACAUCCAAGCUGCGAAAGCUGUCAGUGAUGCGAUCCGUACUAGUCUGGGUCCCAAGGGAAUGGACAAAAUGAUUCAAGCUGCCAAUGGAGAAGUUACAAUCACAAAUGAUGGUGCUACAAUUUUAAAAGAAAUGAAUGUUAUACACCCUGCAGCAAAAAUGUUGGUAGAGUUAUCAAAGGCACAAGAUAUUGAGGCUGGAGAUGGUACUACAAGUGUUGUUGUAUUAGCAGGCUCCUUUUUGGAAGCUGCAGAACGUUUGCUCUCAAAAGGAAUACAUCCUACCAUAAUUAGUGAUGCAUUUGAGAUGGCCGCAAAUAAAGCAGUGGCAGUUUUGUGGACUAUGUCAAUUCCCGUUGAUUUGAAGGAUAAAGAAUCAUUGGUUAGGGCUGCAGCAACUUCUCUUAAUUCAAAGGUAGUCUUUCAACAGUCGAGUCUUCUGGCACCUCUGGCUGUGAAUGCAGUAUUAAAAGUUAUUGAGGAAUCAAAGAACAAUGUUGAUCUUAAUAACAUAAAAGUAAUUAAGAAAUUGGGUGGCACUGUUGAAGAUACAGAGCUGAUAGAAGGACUGAUGUUCACACAGAAGUCUUGUAACGUGAAUGGACCGAAACGUAUUGAAAAGGCAAAAAUAGGUUUAAUUCAAUUCUGCAUUUCACCUCCUAAAACGGAUAUGGAUCACAAUGUCGUAGUUUCUGAUUAUGCGGCGAUGGAUCGUGUGUUGAAAGAAGAGAGAGCUUAUAUUUUAAAUAUCGUCAAACAAAUUAAGAAAUCCGGUUGUAACGUGCUGCUAGUACAAAAGUCAAUUCUCCGGGAUGCUGUCAGCGAUCUAGCCAUACACUUUUUAGAUAAAAUCAAAGUUAUGGUGAUCAAGGAUAUCGAGCGUGAAGACAUUCCGUUCAUUUGCAAGACGUUAAGUUGUAAACCGAUCGCGUCUUUGGAUCAUUUCGUGCCCGAAAAUCUUGUUAAUGCGGAAUUGUGCGAGGAAGUGAUGACCGGAAGUUCAAAGUUUGUUAAGAUCACUAAAAUUCAGAAUCCUGGAUUAACGGUAACCAUCCUUGUCCGAGGCAGCAACAAAUUGGUGUUGGAGGAAGCAGAAAGAUCAUUGCAUGACGCAUUAUGCGUGGUUCGCUGUCUAGUUAAGCAUCAAACCUUAAUACCUGGAGGUGGAGCGCCUGAGAUCCAGAUUGCAUUAAAAAUGGCUGAGUAUGCACAAAGUUUAAGAGAUGUUCAUGCUUAUUGCGUGAAAGCUUUUGCUGAUGCAUUUGAGAUAAUUCCGUCAACACUGGCAGAAAAUGCAGGAUUAAAUCCUAUUGCAACUGUCACGGAACUUCGGAAUCGACAUGCUAGAGGUGAACAAACCGCAGGUAUCAAUGUAAGAAAGGGCGCCAUUACAAAUAUUAUAGACGAGAACGUAAUUCAACCGAUCUUAGUUUCUAUGAGCGCCAUUAAGCUCGCCUCAGAAACUGUCCGCAGUAUAUUGAAGAUCGAUGAUAUUGUGAAUACAAAUCAGUAAGAACGAAACAGAGUUUUAUACGUAAUCUGCACUUUGCAAAUAUUUCAUCAAUCGCGAUCUGCCAAUCACAAUGAUUAAUUGUUGUUCGGCUUCUAACAUUUUUCUACAAUUUUCUGAACUAAUAGCGCUUAACGUUUAAUGUUUUUUUUUGGAAUAUUUUCCUCUGUGUUUCGUAAAUAAAAAUUGAUCUGCUUUUGUCAGGAGAAACAGUCUUCGUUUAAUGUUGAAACCAUACAAGACACGUUAUUUAUUGGAAUGGCUAAUAAUAUAUAAAUAUUAUAUAUGAGAGUACGGUUGUUAACGAGGCUAUACUUUCUUCAAACACUAAUAAAAUAUUUAUUAAAAAUUA